UUCUCUCCUCUAUUUGUAUUUGGAUCGUCUAUAAGAAGUGACUCGUAAUGGAAACGGCAGGAGGAUAAUUUAGUGGAUCAACGCUAACAGGACUGCCGAGAGAGGUCAAGACCAUGGCGGCUGCCGUAGGCGACGUUGAGGUGGUGGAUUUCGAGCCCGAUGAGGACGAUCUCAUGGACGAGGAGGUUGGCGCCGCUGACGCCGACCCUUCUCCUGCUCCUGCGGCUAAGCUUCGAUCCACCAUCGCGGGCGGUGGCUCCUCUGGAUUAGUACCCAGGAAGACCAAAGGCCGGGGCUUCCGCGAGGAGGCAGGCCCUGGUCGCGGCAGCCACCUGUCUGCCAGGGAGUUCGAUUCCCUCGACUCGGAUGGAGGUCCCGGGCCUCAGCGAUCUAUUGAGGGAUGGAUGUUGUUAGUAUCUGGAGUUCAUGAAGAAGCACAGGAAGAUGAUCUUCAUAAUGCCUUUCGUGAAUUUGGCCAAGUUAAAAAUUUGCAUUUAAAUCUUGACCGCCGCACUGGUUUCGUGAAGGGUUACGCUCUAAUUGAAUACGAGAACUUUGAGGAAGCACAAACUGCAAUUGCAACACUUAAUGGAACUGAGCUCCUUACUCAAAGAAUUUUUGUUGAUUGGGCCUUCAGCAAAGGUCCAGUCAAGCGUAGAAACGCGAGGAGAAGAUCGCCUGGAGCUCACCGUUCUAGGAGUCCCCCUAGGCGUAGAUACUAAAGCUGCGUUGCUCGACUUGUGUGAUUUUGGAUUCAAUCUUCUUCCCAUUGUAUCUCCAUUCCAUUAAAACUCAAUGGGAAAGCACAUGACUGUAGAGGAACUAAGAGAAGCCUGAAGAGUUGUUUUUCUUCUUCAUAUUUAAUGCUCACCUUGCCUGCUUUACUGAGAGUGAUGCUAAUGGCACCUCGGUUGAUCUACUUGGUGGUUGCUUGGCUAAAUUUGAACUGUUUUAUUUUGAUCCCCGUUGUAUUACCCAAUGGCAUUGGCUUUUGGAGAAUUUUUUGUUUCGACUUAUUUUUCAGGUUAGUUUCAGUCGAUUGGCCUAUAUCUUAUCGCAUUCCAAUUCGAAA